AUGGCAGUGAAAGAAAUUCUGUCCCAAAGAGACUCCACCAUAAUUGACAGUGAUGGUGCACGCCUUUUGUCCCCACACUCAGAAGACAAGAGAGUCAUGGCCACCAUUGACCCGGUGAUCGGCUAUACGCCACCUUCAGCUCAACAUCCAAAUGAUCCGAGUGGGACUAGUGUGCCAGGCCUCGGAGAAGAAGAGGAAGAAGACCAGGGGGAUGAAGACAAGGUAGAUGGCAUGAUCAGAGGCCCUGGGCCCAAGGGGCCAUCUGGGAUAGUGUCAGAAGGUCAGCUUGCUCAGAGGAUCACCAAAGAAAAGAACAGUCGGAGGAUGCUAUUCAACAAGCCUCAGGAUUUCCAGAUCCACGUCAGAGUGAUCGAGGGUCAUCAGUUAUGUGGCGACAACAUAAGGCCUGUGGUAAAAGUCCACAUCUGUGGUCAGAUGCACCACACGAGGAUCAAGAGAGGGAACAAUCCAUUUUUUGAUGAGGGAGAAGGGGUGGCCUACAGAGGCAGAAUCUUGGUUGAACUGAACAUGUUCCUUGAAAAGAAACCACCAGAAAAGAAGCUUGAGCCCAUUUCAAAUGAUGACCUUCUGGUUGUUGAGAAGUUCAAAGUCAACAUCGGGAACUAUGGCAACAAGUUUGAUGCAACCUGUAAACCUUUGGCAUCAACAACUCAAUAUAGCCACGCAGUGUUUGAUGGGAACUACUAUUACUACUUAUCUUGGGCCCACACAAAGCCAAUCGUCACCCUGACUUCCUACUGGGAGGAUAUUAGUCACCGCCUGGACGCAGUGAAUACUCUCCUAGUCAUGGCAGAACGGCUGCAAUCAAAUAUAGAGGCUGUAAAAUCAGGGAUCCAAGGUAAAAUUCCUGCAAACCAGUUGGCAGAGGUGUGGCUGAAGCUGAUAGAUGAAGUCAUAGAAGACAUGAGAUACAUCUUGCCUGUCACAGAAGGAAAAACCAAUGUCACAGUUCUAGAUACACAGAUCCAAAAGUUGCGGUCCAGGUUUCUCUCGCAAAUACAUGUUGCAGCUCAGGAUGUGAAAUCCACCUUGCUGGAGAUCAAGGAGUGGCUCUAUAAAUUGAUGCAGCUUACUGAAGAGAAGAAUCUCUACAAAGAUGUGAUGCUGGAGACCUACUGGAACCUCAAUGUUAUAGGUUCCUAUUGGGAAGACCAUCAUAUUGAAGAACAAGGUCAAACUUCUCCCCUGGCGGGAGCCGUGUUGGAUUCCCUGACUGUCACCCAGCAACUGCUGGCCAAGCCCCCUGACAUCCCCCGAGCCCCACCCCCACCCCGUGACCCUGCACCUCGGCCCCUGGUGGGCUCCAUGUUGGCGUCCCUGUCCGUCACCCGCGUGAAGAGAUGGUUAUUUUUCUACAAUGUGCACAUCACACCCUCUGAGCUCAUGGAUGAGGUCAUGAGCAUCCGGAUAAGGGGCAAGGGCAGGAGGACACUGCUCGCUGACCACUGGACGAAGAUUGAUGUUGGAUUUGUUUAUGAUGAACCUGGCCAUGAUGUCAUGAGGAAAUGGCUGCUUCUCAAUGACCCAGAAGACACCAGUUCAGGCGCAAAAGGUUACAUGAAGGUCAGCAUGUUUGUCCUGGGGACUGGAGACAAACCCCCUCCUGAGAAACGAGACUGUGACAAUGACAGUGAUGACAUGGAGAGCAACUUGUUACUUCCAGCUGGCAUUGCCCUCCGAUUUCAUGUCUUCUGUGUGGUCCGUUCCUUUGCAGUGGAUGAUGCCUUCUCACAAACAGUGAAGGAAAUAUUUGGUAGCACUGCAGAUAAAAAGAAUCUCGUGGAUCAUUUUGUGGAAGUCUCCUUUGCUGGGAAAAAGGUUCGCUGGGAGUAUGGAAUCACCAUUCCUCCUGAUAAUAAGCCCAAAUCCUGGGUCGCAGCAGCGAAGAUGUAUGACACUCACAGGCGGCGGAGACUGGUCCGAAAACGCAAGAAAGAUUUGACAUAGACGGAUUCUAUUACUGCAAGGGCCAGGGAAGAACUUGAAGAUCGGGAGGGCUGGGAAUAUGCUUCGCUAAUCGGCUGGAAAUUCCACUGGAAACAGCGCAGUUCUGACACCUUUCGACGCAGGCGCUGGCGGAGAAAAGUGGCUCCUUCUGAGACACACGGUGCGGCUGCCACCUUUAAACUUGAAGGUGCCCUUGGAGCAGACACCACAGAGGACAGAGACGAGAAGAGCCUGGAGAAACAGAAGCACAGCGCCACCACUGUAUUUGGAGCAAACACGCCCAUUGUUUCCUGUAAUUUUGACAGAGUCUACAUCUACCACCUGCGCUGUUACAUUUAUCAAGACAGGAACCUCAUGGCUUUGGACAAAGACAGCUUUUCAGAUCCAUACGCUCAUGUCUCCUUCCUCCAUCGAAGCAAAACCACUGAGGUCAUCCACUCCACAGUAAAUCCCACCUGGGACCAAACCAUUAUAUUUGAUGAGGUUGAAAUCUUUGGGGAGCCCCAAACAGUUCUCCAGAACCCACCCAAAGUUAUCAUAGAACUGUUUGAUAACGACCAAGUGGGCAAAGAUGAAUUUUUAGGUCAAAGCAUUUGCUCUCCACUGGUGAAACUGAACUCAGAAACCGAUAUCACACUGAAGCUUCUCUGGCAUCCCGUUAUGAAUGGAGACAAGGCCUAUGGGGACAUCCUGGUCAUGGCAGAGCUGAUUCUGAGGAACAAGGAUGGCUCCAACCUUCCCAUCCUCCCCUCUCAGAGAGCACCAAACUUGUACAUGGUCCCUCAGGGGAUCAGACCUGUGGUUCAGCUCACUGCCAUUGAGAUCCUAGCUUGGGGCUUAAGAAAUAUGAAAAACUACCAGAUGGCUUCCAUCACAUCAUCCAGUCUUGUGGUGGGGUAUGGAGGAGAGAGAGUAGAAUCGGUGGUGAUCAAAAGCCUGAAGAAGACACCCAACUUCCCAAGUCCUGUUCUCUUCAUGAAAGUGGAGGAAGAAAUCGUUGACUGGUGGAGUAAAUUUUAUGCUUCCUCUGGAGAGCAUGAAAAAUGUGGACAGUAUAUUCAGAAAAGCUAUUCCAAACUCAAGAUCUAUGACUGUGAACUGGAGGAUGUAGCUGACUUUGAAGGCCUGACAGAUUUCUCAGAUACCUUCAAGUUGUACAGAGGCAAGUCCGAUGAGAAUGAAGAUCCAUCUGUGGUAGGACAGUUUAAAGGCUCCUUCUGAAUCUACCCCUUGCUGGAUGACCCCAGUGUGCCUGUCCCUCCCAGGCAGUUUCGGGAACUGCCUGACAGUGUCCCACAGGAAUGCACGGUUAGGAUUUACAUUGUUCAAGGCUUACAGUUCCAGCCCCAGGACAACCAUGGCCUGUGCGAUCCUUACAUAAAAAUAACCUUGGGCAAAAAAGUAAUCGAAGACUGAGAUCACUACAUUCCCAACACUCUCAACCCAGUGUUUGGCAGUUCUGGAGUAAACACCUGGCGAGAUCAGCUGAGACUCACGCAGUUGCUUCAAAAUGUAGCCAGAUUCAAAGGCUUCCCACCACCAGUGCUUUCUGAAGAUGGAAGCAGAAUCCAAUGCGGAGGACGGGACUACCAUCUGGAUGAGUUUGUUGGAAUGUUAAAGAUCUAG